AGGAGUCGGGUAUUUUAGAGAGGUUAUUCAGCGGUAUGUUCUGCAGGCAUGUGGAGGAUGUAGACAGCAAUGAGCUGGUACUCUCAGACAGAGAUGCACACUUCAGAGAGAAGGUCAAUGAGCUGAGAUCAUCCACGGCCUGCGCCUUGCCCCUUCCGAUGCCAGCAGCUGACAUGGUGCUAGCUGCACGUGCAAGCGCUGUGCAGGCCAGCUACCAGCUGCAGCCCCCGAAAGGUCUAUUGCCAUUGCAUGCCACAGGUCCUUCAUUCAGCACUGCCUCCACAUUUGCGUCACUGUCUUCAGCCCAACAAGGGUAUCUCGCGGCUCGCAGUUCUUAUGGCUUCUGAACAUUUGCUGUUGGCUCCUGACAUCCUUGAUGAUUUUCUCGCGUUUUUUAUUUUGUUUUUCGAAGCCUUGGGUGGCUGCAAAUCUGAAGUGACAAUCGGCUCCUUCAGAGUGCAACCCAAAAAGGUGCGUGGCACGGCCACUGCAGCAGCAAGGGCUGCUGCAUGAAUCAGGAGAUGCAUGAAAGUCAGGGUUCUGAGCAAGAGUUCAUCAGUGAGAUGAAUGUUGGGCGAAUACAGAGAGGGAACCAAAUUUGCGUUGAUGCGAAAAAUUGAACAAUAAGAAACGACAAC